AUGCGAGUGGCCCAGGGUCUCCUGAGCAGCCAUGUGGACCUGGACAAGGGCUUGGUCUUGGCCUUCAUCGUACUGCUGUGCCUGCUGCUCGUGGCCAUGAUCGUCCGCUGUGCCCGAAUGGUGAUCGACCCGUACAGUGCCAUCCCCACCUCCACCUGGCAGGAGGAGCAGAUCAACAACUGACCCUCCAUGGGGGAGGUGGGCGAGGGAUUCACAGAUCUGUGGCCUGGACGUCUCCUCCCCCCACCCCCCCGAGCUGCCCUCUCGCAGUCGGGCCGGCGCUGAUGGAACCGCACUGCAGGACGGUCUCCCAUCGAUGUCUACGUCCCCUCUCUCUCAUCCCAUCCAUCUCCACCUUUCCACUGCCCUUCUCGUGGAAACUGGCUUUUCAGCUGAACCCCUCCGAGGUGCCCAUCGAAACCAGUCCCAUUUGUUCAUGUUUGGCCCACAUCCCAAACCUUUCCCAUCCUUGUACCCAUCUGUAUCCCUCUAAACCUUUCCUAUCCGUGUACCUGUCCGUAUCCCUCUAAACCUUUCCUGUCCGUAUCCCUCUAAACCUUUCCUAUCCGUGUACCUGUCCGUAUCCCUCUAAACCUUUCCUAUCCGUGUACCUGUCUGUAUCCCUUUAAACCUUUCCUAUCCGUGUACCUGUCCGUAUCCCUCUAAACCUUUCCUAUCCGUGUAACUGUCGAAGUGAUUUUAAAUGUUGUUAAUGUACUUACCU